CAUGCUACCAGUCAUGUGACAAUAACAAAACUCUCCGUCAGGUCAGUUCUAUUGAUAUUUUAAAAAUAAAACUAGUUGUACAAAGGACACAUAUGGAAAUCAAUAUAGCUACAAGAAUAAUCUACAGUUUUGUUUUGGAGGUGGAAGUAUCGUUUUCCGCUAACAUUGCUAACUGCGGUUAGCUUCAUGCCGCUCUCCCCCCGGCUGUUUUCGGGGUAAAAGUGCAGCCAGCACACAGACACGCACGGUCAUUGGCCUCUGCAGGUAAACCGGGGAUGGCUCCGCUGAGGUUCUGUGCGAAUAUUUCCUGGCUGUUCACGGAGCUUCCAGACUUCAGUCAGAGGAUAUACGCGGCUGCCUCGGCCGGCUUUCAGGCGGUGGAGGCCGCCUGGCUCUACGACUGCGACCUGCCGGAGCUCCAGAGAGCCAGAGAGGCUACAGGAGUGGAGGUGGUCCUCAUCAACACCCCGCCCGGAGAUGUAAAGGGAGGUGAUCUUGGUCUCGGAGCAGUUCCUGGAAGAGAGGCAGAGUUCAGACAGGGUCUGGAUCUGGCUUUGAAGUAUGCACGAGCUUUGGACUGCAAAAGGAUCCACCUGAUGGCUGGGAGGCUUCCUGUGGGCUCGCACAGAAUGGCGGUUGCCAAGGAGAUGGAGGCCAUCUUUGUGCAGAACCUAACCUAUGCCGCUGACAUCCUCUCAAAGGAAGGAAUCACCGGCUUGAUUGAACCAAUCAACACAAGGCUUACAGAUCCCCGGUAUUUUCUGGACUCUCCUCAUCAGGCGGCUGCAAUACUGGAGAAGGUCGGAAAGCCCAACAUCAGGCUGCAAAUGGACGUCUUUCACUGGCAAAUAAUGGAUGGAAACCUGACACAAAACAUGCACAAGUAUUUCCCCAUUAUCGGUGAGUGAGAUGUUGUACUCUAAUCCUUCAGCCUUGGUGACUCUAGAGGCUCCCUCUCCCCUCUUCUAUUCCCCAAAUGAUGCUUCUCUGGCUACAAAAUAAAUUCAACUGAAUCCCGCCUGA